AUGAAUCCAUGUGUUUUUAUAAUUCUCCCACUUCUCUUGCUACUCCUUGUGGCAACAACUGCCAGCCAAUUCGGAAGAGAUGAUAUGAAGCAGUGUUUGGAUAAUGAGAGAGAUGCUCUCCUUCUUUUCAAAGCUCCCCUUCAAGACCCCAAUGGUCAUCUCUCUACAUGGAGAUUUGACCAACAUGACUGCUGUAAAUGGAGUGGAAUCACAUGCAACAACCAAACAGGUCAUGUCAUAGGGCUUCAUAUUGGCUUGUAUGGUCUUGUAGGUGAGAUAAGCCAUUCAUUGCUUAACUUAACCUACUUGAAGCAUCUUGAACUUUUUGGAAAUUAUUUUCAUGGAAUCAUUCCCACCUUCAUUGGUUCUUUAACUCGAUUAAGGUACCUUGACCUUUGCUAUAACUCUUUUUAUGGAGCCAUUCCUCAGGAGUUUGGAAACCUCACCAAUUUGCGAGUGCUUUACCUUGGAUCCAUUGGAAAUUAUGGAGUUGAAAACAUAAAGUGGUUGUCUCAUCUCUAUCAUUUGGAGGAACUUCAAAUGGAUGGGAUUUCCCUAGCUAAACAAAAUCAUUGGGUAGAUGUAAUUCUGAGUCUCCGGAAACUAUCAAUUUUAAGUUUAAAUAGAUGUGAGCUCUCACAUGUCGUGUACCCAUAUUCUUCUUCAUUUUUCAACUCUUCUUCAUCUAUUGAAUCCAUUUAUCUUGGAAGCAACAAUCUCACAUCAUCCAUGUAUCGUUGGUUGUUCCCAUUAACAAGCAAUAAGCUUCGUGUUCUUGAUCUCUCUAGGAACAUGUUAGAUGGGAUACCCAAAUAUCUUGGUAAUCUCUGUAGUUUGGAAGCUUUGAGUCUCGAUAACAACUCUUUAGUGGUUGAAUUUGCUGAUUUUCUCAACAACUUGUCUGGAUGCGCAUCACUUUCAUUAAAAAUGUUGUAUGCUGCAAGAAACCAAUUUACAGGGGCAUUGUCCAGUGAGAUCCAAAAGUUUUCAUCCAUAACAUCUUUGGACCUAUCUGAUAAUCAUUUAAAUGGAAGUAUAAGUGAGAAACUGUGGGAACUACCUAGGCUUGAAACUAUUGACUUGUCUUUUAAUAAUCUUAGAGUUCCUUCCACAUAUCACUUUUCAAACCUUUCAUACGUAAACGGGAAAGUACCAGAUUUAUCAUCAAAUUUUGCCCAGAGUUCAGUGAUAGAUUUGAGUUCCAACAGAUUUUAUGGUCCAAUACCAAAUGUUCCCUCCACUUUAUCAACAUUAAACCUUUCCAGAAACAAAUUCUCCGGAGGGAUCGCCUUUAUAUGCCAAAUUGUUAAUGGGUUCUUAUCAUUUCUUGACCUCUCUCAUAACUCAUUAACCGGACAACUCCCAGAUUGUUUGUGGCUUUUCAAAGAACUACAAGUUCUUAAUCCCGGACACAACAAUCUCUUUGGAAGGCUUCCUCCCUCUAUUGGAUCUUUGAUACAACUCAAGAUGUUGUAUUUAUACAAGAACAACUUCUCUGGAGAAUUGCCUUUUUCUUUAAAAAAUUGCACGAGUUUAAAGUCGUUGAAUUUAGGGGCCAAUAAGUUUUCUGGUAAUGUGCCUGUUUGGAUUGGGGAAAGAUUCUCAGGCUUGUACGUUCUUAUCCUAAAAUCAAACAACUUCUCUGGAACAAUCCCUUUAAAGUUGUGUCAGUUAGCUAAUCUUCAAAUUCUAGACAUGUCAAGGAACAAUCUCCAUGGAACUAUUACCUCAUGUUUGAGUAAUCUUACAGGCAUGGUUCAACAAGGAAUUUCACAAGAUGUACAACUUUAUACAACAUAUGAACAAGAGACAUAUGUUGACCAUGCAAUGAUUCAGUGGCAGGGAAAUGAACAUGAAUUCUUUAGCACUUUGAAACAGUUGAAGAGCAUUGACUUGUCAAGCAACAAUUUAACAGGACGAAUCCCAAAUGAAAUUACCAAUCUUUAUGACUUAAUUUCCUUGAACUUAUCAAAGAAUGCUCUAUUGGGAGAGAUUCCACAGAAAAUUGGUGAGAUGAAAAAUCUUUUGACUUUGGAUUUAUCUAGAAACAGUUUUUCAGGGAGGAUACCAUCAAGCAUGUCUCAAAUGAGUUUACUGAAUGACCUAGACGUGUCAUUUAAUAACUUGUCAGGGAGAAUCCCAACAAGCACUCAACUCCAGUCCUUUCCACCUUCAAGAUACAAUGGAAACACAUGUCUAUGUGGACCUCCUCUUACCAAAAAAUGUCCUGGAGAUGAAGAACCAGAAGAACCAUCUCUUAUUGGUAAAGGUGAGGGUGAUGAGGAAGACAUAGAUGAAGUUGAGAGAUGGUUUUAUAUUGGUGGUGGGACUGGUUUUGCUACUGGAUUUUGGAUAACAUGUUCAGUUUUGCUUUUAAAUCAACGCGGGAGACAUGCUUUUUUUUCAAUUUUAUGA